CCUUCCGACGGGGGUGCGGCUGCAGGAAACGGCGCGCUCCGCUCCGCGCUCCGGCACCGACGCCCCGGCCCCGCGUCCCAGCCGGACCCGCCGGCGCAGGCGGCCCGGGUCCGAGCCUCAGACCUCCGCCCCGACGGGGCGGGCAGCGCGCCGGAGCCCCGGAGCCAUGGGGGCCUGGGCGGGGCCGGCGGCGGGCCAGCGGGAGCCCGGGCUCUGAGCGCGCCGGCGGGGCCAUGACCUCGGUGUGGAAGCGCCUGCAGCGCGUGGGCAAGCGGGCCGCCAAGUUCCACUUCGUGGCCUGCUACCACGAGCUGGUGGUGGAGUGCACCAAGAAAUGGCAGCCGGAUAAGUUGGUGGUGGUGUGGACCCGGCGGAACCGGCGCAUCUGCUCCAAGGCCCACAGCUGGCAGCCGGGCAUCCAGAACCCGUACCGUGGCACCGUGGUGUGGAUGGUGCCCGAGAACGUGGACAUCUCCGUCACCCUGUACAGGGACCCCCACGUGGACCAGUAUGAGGCCAAAGAGUGGACGUUUGUUAUUGAAAAUGAGUCCAAGGGGCAGCGGAAGGUGCUGGCCUCGGCCGAGGUGGACCUGGCCCGCCAUGCGGGGCCCGUGCCCGCCCAGGUCCCGCUGCGGCUGCGGCUGAAGGCCAAGUCGGUGAAGGUGGUGCAUGCGGAGCUGAGCCUCACCCUGUCGGGGGUGCUGCUGCGAGAGGGCCGAGCCACGGACGAUGACAUGCAGAGUCUGGCGAGCCUUAUGAGCGUGAAGCCGACUGACGUGGGCAACUUGGACGACUUUGCUGAGAGUGACGAGGAGGAGGCUAACGGCCCAGGGGUCCCUGAGGCGCGGGCUCACGCCCCCCCGCCAGGCCAGGGCGGCGCCCUGAGGCCGGGGCGGCUCCCAGAUCCCCCUCGAGAGCUGAAGACACUGUGUGAGGAGGAGGAGGGCCGAGCACAGCCCUGGCAGGCAGGUGCCAGCCCUCCGGGUACUAAGGAUGCCAGCCCAGCCCCUGUGAGUGUCCCUGUGCCCCCCGCCAGGGCCUCCCGGGGCCAGGGGUCAGAACCAGCUACUGUAGUCGGGGGCCAGGUGGGGCCUGGAGCCCCAAGGCCCCCCGGAACCCCGCAGGAGACAAGGUCCUCAAGACACUCAGACCAGGAUCUGGCCCCUGUCCCGGCCCCUCGGCUCCGGAAAUGCUCUGAUGCCCCCUGGCCCUCAGUCCCCCAAGGGAAAGAUGAGGCCCCCAGAGCCUCGGGGGCUCCCCCCGCAGGAGUGGGUUCUGCUGGGGAGACCCAGGCCCGGGCAAGCCCUCAGGAAGGGACAGAGGCCCAGGGCGCCAGGCCGCACGCAGGCAUGGAGGACGGAGGCCGCAGGAACUCUCUGGGAGAGCAGACAGUCAAGGUUGAGGAAGGCACCGUUGGGGACAGGCCAGAGGCCAGUGCGGUGGACAGUGAGCAGGGGUCAGGACCCAGAGGGGUGAACACUAAGAGGUCAGAGGUCCGAACGGGGGAGGCUGAAGAGAGUUCAGAAGUUAGUCAAGUGGAUGCUGAGCAGAGGUCAGACAUGAGACAGGUGGACACUGAGGGACCAGAGGCUCCAGGGGCGAUGUCUGAGGCAAGGGUGCAGGGAACGCCUGAGGCUCCUCUGAGCACCUCUCAGGAGAGGUCUGGGGUCAGCACCCAGGAUGAGGCUCCUGCUGCCCAGAGCUCACCCCCAGCGGGACCUGCAGGCCAGGAGAGAGAGAGUGCAGAGGUGAGGGGUGGGGCCCCUGGUGUUGGGGGGACAGGCCUGGAGCAGGGCCCCUCUGUUGGAGCAGCAAGCACCAGCCCCCAGGUGAGCAGGUCCCAGGAAGCCCCCCCCACAGCGGACCAGGGGGCGGAGUCUAGGGAUCUGGGGGUCUGGGAGGCAGAAACUGGGGUCUUGAGCAUCCUGGGGACAGAGAUGGGGAGGACAGAAUCAGAGGUUCUGGGGAGCCAGGAGACAGGAGCAGAGGGGUCAGGGUUCCCAAAGACAGAGAACGGGACGGCAGAAGCUGAGGUGUCGGAGGCCCAGGAGACAGAGGCCGCGAGCUCAGGGGUCCUUGAGUCGGAAGCUGCUGGGAUGGCAGAGUCUGAGGAACUGGAGGCCCAGAGAACAGAGGCUGGGGCUUCAGGAGUUCUGAGAACAGAGACUGGGAUGGCAGAGACUGAGAUUCUGGGGGCCCAGGUGAUAACAGGGGUCUCAGAGGUACUGAGAAUAGAAGCAGAGAUUGCAGAGCCUGCAAUACCGGGGGCCAAGGUGACAGAGGUGGGAGGGUCAGGGGUCUCAGCAAUAAAAUCCGAGGUGUCAGGGACCCAGGAAACAGAAGUAGGAGGUUCUGAGGGCCCAGGGUUUGAGACUGAGACAACAAAGGCAGAGAUUCUGGGGACCCCGGAGGAAACAGCUGAGGGCUCAAGGGUCCCCGAGAUAGAAACAGAGGUAGAGAGUUCACGGGUCCCAGGGGCGGGGACUGAGACAGAAGCUGAGAUAUCGGGGACCCAGGAGGUAGCAGCUGGGGGUUCAGAGGCCCCAGGGCCGGGGACUGAGACAGAGGUGGGGGAUGCAGGGGUCUCAGGGCCAGAGGUUGGAAUGUCAGAGGCUGAGGGACUGGGGACUCCACAGACAGGAAGCACCGUUUUGGAGGCUGAGAACUCGGUCUCCGGGGUCCCAGAGGCAGAGACCGGCCUCGUGUUUGAGGAGGCGGUAACGACCCCAGGUACUGAGCAAGGAGCGUUAGGGUCCCAGGGAUCAGAGGCAGGGCCUGCCGUGUUGAGGGGCCAGGAGUUGGAAGCUGGGGUUUUGGGGAUCUCAGAGGCCAAGCCUGGGGUGUGGGGAGCCUGUGAAGCAGAGACAGAAGUUUUAGUCCCCCCAGAGAACCAAUCUGGUAUUUUUGAGGCCCAGGAAGCAGAGGCUGGGGUCUUGGGAACCGAGAAGGGGAGAGAAGCUGAGGCCAGCCUGACUGAGACGCAGGUGGCCAGUGGGGCAGGGGCUGGGGUGCCCAGGCCCUCAGGGGCCUCCUCCCCAGAGGAGCCCGAAGAGGACGGGAGGCUGCCCUGCAGCCAGGCACCACCCGCCCCGGUCAGCUCCAGCCAGUCGCUGCUGGAGUGGUGCCAGGAAGUCACCGCUGGCUACCGGGGCGUCCGAGUCACCAACUUUACUACAUCCUGGCGCAACGGCUUGGCUUUCUGCGCCAUCCUGCACCGAUUCUACCCGGACAAGAUUGACUACGCCUCCCUGGACCCACUCAACAUCAAACAGAACAACAAGCAGGCCUUCGACGGCUUCGCAGCCCUGGGCGUGGCGCGGCUGCUGGAGCCGGCGGACAUGGUGCUGCUGUCGGUGCCGGACAAGCUCAUCGUCAUGACGUACCUGUGCCAGAUCCGCGCCUUCUGCACGGGCCAGGAGCUGCAGCUGGUGCAGCUGGAGGGCGGCGGCCGCGCGGGCAAGUACCGGGUGGCCAGCGCCGAGGCCGGCCCGCCCGACGCCCUGGACGCCAGCGGCCUGGCGCAGCGGCUGCGGGAGCACCGGGCGGAGCCGCCCGAGGAGCCCCAGGAGCCCGCGAGCCGCGGGGCAGGGGCCGCCCCCGAGGGCGCUUCCGAGGACCAGGGGGCCGGGGCCGCCCCGGAGGCGCGCUCGGCGGAGGCCCCGGCGGCGGCGGAGGGGCUGGUGAACGGGGCCGCGGCGCCGGCGGCGGGGGGCGUGCGGCUGCGCCGGGCCUCGGUGAACGGGGAGGCCGGGCCGGUGCCCCCGCCCCGCGCGCACGGCUCCUUCUCCCACGUGCGGGACGCCGACCUGCUCCGGAAGCGCCGCUCGCGGCUGCGGAACAGCAGCUCCUUCUCCGCCGAAGACCCGGACGCCGGCGCCGCGGCCGCGGAAGGCGCCAGCCCUGCCCCCAGCCCACCCCCAGCCCCGGCCCCCCAGCAGCCCCCCGGUGGCGGGCCCCCCUCGGAGGAGCCGUCCCCAGGGCCCGGGGAAGAGGCCGGGCUGCAACGGUUCCAGGACACGAGCCAGUACGUGUGCGCGGAGUUGCAGGCCCUGGAGCAGGAGCAGAGGCAGAUCGACGGGCGGGCGGCUGAGGUGGAGACGCAGCUGAGGAGCCUCAUGGUGUCAGGUGCCAACAAGCUGCAGGAGGAGGUGCUGAUCCAGGAGUGGUUCACGCUGGUCAACAAGAAGAACGCUCUCAUCCGGAGGCAGGACCAGCUGCAGCUGCUCAUCGAGGAGCAGGACUUGGAGCGGAGGUUCGAGCUGCUGAGCCGGGAGCUGCGGGCCAUGCUAGCCAUCGAAGACUGGCUGAAGACGGCGGCGCAGAAGCACCGGGAGCAGCUCCUGCUGGAGGAGCUGGUGUCGCUGGUGAACCAGCGCGACGAGCUGGUCCGGGACCUGGACCACAAGGAGCGGAUCGCCCUGGAGGAGGACGAGCGCCUGGAGCGCGGCCUGGAGCAGCGGCGCCGCAAGCUGAGCCGGCAGCUGAGCCGGCGCGAACGCUGUGCGCUGAGCUGAGCCCCGCGGAGCCCGCGUCCCGUCCCCGUCGCCGCCCCGGGCUCCCGGCACCGCGGCCUCCGCUGCUGCGCCGCCUACAGGGGGCGCUGUGGCUCCUUCCCCGGAGGCUCGGGCGGCCUCGGUCCGGGGGGGAGGGCGCCGGGCCUAUUUAUUUUUAUUGUCUGUGAGUGAGUGUGUCCGCGGGGCGGGCCCGGUGGCCGCCCGCCCUGGCCCCGCGAGCAAUAAAGUUGGACGAGG